AACUUAAUUUCACAAGGACUAUAAAUAACUGGUGAGCAAUUUCCUGUGACACCGUCGGGAUCUUUUUGUUACGGAAGUGUGCUGAAAACCUGGAAGUUCAGUUUUGAAUUUGCAUAUUUUUGUAAGUUCUGUAUAUGCAAAAAUUAUGGCAGCUAUUGUUUGCGUAAGUUUGAUCAGCAAUAACAGUAUUCCCAUUAUGGUGCAAAGUCAAAUGGACAGCAAACCGCUGAACUUGUGCAAACAACAACCGAGCAACAACCCCGACGACCCUCAACGCGUCAAACAGACACUGAAGACACUUAUCCAGUCCAGACGUCUGGCUGAGGGAAAGGAUGCCAUAACUAUAGAUUUUGAUAAGCGACAGUCUGAUGAUGAUCUUAAGCUAACUCCAGAAGAAUUGGCCCGUCAGAAAGACAGGAAGGAGCAAAAUCGCCGAGCUGCUCAAAAAUGCCGACAAAAGAAGCGACAUCAGUUACAAACAUUACUUGAGGAGGAAGAGGAACUUUUGGUAAGGCGGGGUCAUUUAGAAGCAAAAUAUCAGAAACUGAACAGUGAAAAAGAGAAGUUAUUGAACACUAUUAGGUCCAAUGGUCAGUACACCUGUCAGCCUUCAGACAGCAGAACAGAAACUUCUGGGAAGGAAGAUGACAAAAAUAGUCAAUCUGCUCGAGUUGCUGAGGACAAUGCUGGUCAUGUUGUUUGGAGUCUCUUGAACAAAACCACCAAGAAUCCUAAACACUACUAUAUCCAAAAAUACCAAAAAGAUCAGCUGUCAGAAACUGCAAGUGACAAGUCUCGGUAUGAUAGCGGCCAGAUCUCUGCAUCAGACUCCGACAGUCAGUCUAGUUGUUCUACAGCUUUCUCAACAUCAUCAACUGCAUCAGGCGCAAAACAAGAACUUAAUGCUUGUGGAUACUCUAGACAUUCACUUCCUAUUUCAGGAGGUGAGAGAAAAUCUGAUGACGAUAAUUCACCAGGGCAAACUUCACCUGUAGACUUCUCCAGAAAAAAUCUAAGUUCUUUAAUCAAGGGUUGUGUGUUAGAAUCUAAAAACAGAGACAGUUUGCAAGGGUUAGAGGACAACACCUUAGACAGUUCACAAGAAAAAACAUUAUCAAAUGUCUCAGACAUGGAAGUGUCAAACACCUAUAAUUCUCAUGAACUCUCUAGCUCACAGGAGCUGUUUAGUUCACAGGAACUGUCUAGUUCACAAUCUGACCUACCCAGCUCACAAGAGUCAACAAACUCUUACUACAGACACCAGAAAUCAUUUAUUGACAUUGGAGAAUGUGGUGAAGACUUUGAGGAUAAUAGUGAUGAGGAAGAUAUUUUAAUUAUUGAUGAAACAGAUAGUCCGUCAGAAUUUAAACAAAAAAGUUUUUCAAGUCAAAUUUUUAAUAGCAUAAAGGUGACUUGCACUUAGAUUGUCAUGGACAAUCAUUUGUUAAAAGGAAAGAUUCAUGAAGUUUUAGGACUGUUAGAAUAUGGAAAACACCUUUUAUUUAGUGUAUUAUAAAGGCAAUUACUUUGUUAU